UCUUUUUUUGGCAGUAAAAUUCCCUCUAAUCCGCUAUAAAAACUGGUCUGUGACCAAGUGCCGAGCAUUGCAGCUCGGAUCGAGACACUGAAAACUUCUGUUUUUGUCCUUUCCACUUUCAUAUAAGCUUGUGUUAUUUAAAAAUAAUAGUAAAAUCUUUUCAAAUGUCGACUUUCAUGUUCAUUUGGAUGUUCAUAUUGCCUUCAGCAGACCUGUUCUCCGUAACACUUAGUCCACGUGAUGCAGUGUGGAGAGUGGGGGACACGCAGGUGAUGAAAUGCACGGCCGUGGACUGUCCCGGCAGAGCCCACAUCAUGUUCAGCCGCCCGGGUGAUGAACUCCUGUUUGCUGAAACUGAACGACUUGCAAACCAAUCUCUAAUCCAUUUUGCUCCUGUGGAACAUCGGCACAACUACCAAAUUGUUUGUAAAAUCACUUGCGAUGGGCUAAAAGCUAAACAAAGCACAACAACAAUAACUGUAUACUCUUUUCCAAAUGAUCCAGUCAUUUCUGGAACUACGAAUUUAAUGGAGAAUGAAACGCGGGACCUGAGCUGUAAUGUAUACAAUGUCUCUGCGCCGGACUAUGCACGAAUUGAGUGGUCUUUGGGGGAUACGGUCGUUCAUGAAAAUACAGAGUAUACGGCUACAUAUACUGCAUCCUCCACAUACACGAUCACGCCAGAAGUUAAGGAUAACGGGAAAAAGCUCACAUGCAGAGCAACUAUAUUUGGGAAAGGAAUACCAGAAGAAUAUCAAACCAGAGAAACCACGGAGAUCGUCAACGUGCUGUAUGCACCCAGGGAUGUUAGAAUAUCUGACCAAAUGACAGUGGCCUUUGGGGAGAACUUCACCUUGACAUGCGAGGCAGAUGGGAACCCAAAGCCCCAGGUGCAAUGGAAGAAGCUGGGCGGCAGUGCCCCCCUUGCCACUGGGCAGGGACAGCAGAAGUUUGUCAUUGAAGGUGCCACCCGGUCCCAUGCGGGUGAAUAUGAGUGUGUAGUGAGCAACUCGGUUGGAAGAAAGACUGCAAAAGUGGCUGUGAUUGUCCAAGGCUCACCCCGGAACACGUCCAUCAUGGUGAGCCCAACCGGCCAGCUUAAGGAGGGCGACGUGGUGACAAUCAGCUGCCUCUCAGACGCUCUCCCAGCAGGCCGUGUGGUCCUGAGUAGAGUGUCUGAAGACGGGACGACCGAGCUGAACUCCACGUCUGGCUCCUCCACCUCCAUCACAUUGUCCCCUGCCGUCCUGGCCCACUCCGGCCAGUAUAAGUGCGAAGCCAGCAACCAGUAUGGCAAACAGACAUUCAUGGUGGACGUCAGCGUGAGAGCCCCACCCAGAAACACCACAGUCGAGGUGUUCCCUUCGUCACAGGUGCACGAGGGCCAGAACAUCACCAUCUGCUGUAAGACCGUGAGCUUCCCACCAGCACGUGUGACCCUCAGGAAGCUGGAUGGUGACAGGGAUAUCUAUUCCGCCAGUGGCACCUUCCUGCUGCAAAAUGUCAUGGCCACCGACGCAGGAUCAUACCUUGUCAAUGUCACCAACGACCUGGGCCACCAGACGGAAGUUUUCAGCAUUAAUGUGCUGGAGAAACACACCAGCCCUUCAACCCAAUGGCCCGAGCUGUUAAUCCCUACUAUUGGGGUGAUGUGUACAGUGGUAACGGCGAGCCUGAUCAUCUACCAUCUGCGGAAGUCCAGGUUGAAUAACUCCUAUGAGAUGGCCAAGAGCAGCCCUGGGCCUGUGUAGUCCCAGACAUCAGGCGUUUUUGUGGAACAUGCACUGAAUGUCAAACCUCCAUCAGGAGAACAAUGGUUCUCCGGGGCACUCGUUGAUCUUCUUCUUCACAGUUUGCACUUAAAUAAAACUUCAGGAUAACUGCAUAGGGUGGCACAGUAACUUAGAUGGUAGCAAUGCAGUCUCACGCCUCCAGGGACCAUGUGAGCUGUGCAUAGUCGUCUGUCUGUGCCUGUAUCCUCUUGCUGUUCAAAAACAUUCAAUUAGGCCAUUUGGUGUCCCUGUAUUGCCCAUAGUGUGACUGUCUGCUGUACCUGCUGCUUCCUUUUAUAGCCUUCAAGCUAACCAUGAUUCUGAACUGGAUAAGCAGUUAUGGAAUAUGGAUGGAAGCGUGUUCAGGGCCGUUAUGUGUAGUGUAUGUAUGAGACACGUACUGGUCCUGAGGGGAACUGCAGGCUGACUGCGUCUGGCCUCCAUUAGACCAAACCGGAAUGUCAGAGGAAGAAGCCAGAGAUUCUGCGUGUCUUCAGCUUUCACUCAUCUGUAAGAAUACAGGAAUGGUGGAAGGAUGUCAAAUUUAGGGCAGCACGGGGAUACAAAAUGUAAUGAAGAAAGGGAGCAUCCAGUAUCAGCUGGAAAUGCCUUAAAUCUAAUGCUGGAAUGACUGACAACCAUGACUGAAGCCUGUUAACAGAUGGGCCUUUGGCAGCUCUCUGGAAAAAGCUCUCGAUCGUUCAAAGAAUCCAAGCUGCCGAUGAACACGGUGACCUCCUUUUUUUAUUAUUAAAUGAUCAAAUGCUAGUGAUCAGAAGGUUGCCAGCUCAAAUCCCAGGAUCAGCAGAACCGUUUCACAAAGCCUCCAAUCACUCCAGGGGUCGGUUGUCCCUGCGUUCUCGAAAAAUAUGCGUCACUUUGGAGAAAAGCGUGUGCUGAAAAAUUAAAAUGUGAGCGUAAACGUGUGUGAUGAUUUUAUUGAAAUGGAAUGAAUGUAAAAGCAUCUGUUUCGUUCUUUUUAAGGUGACAUACAAAUACAUUGAUACCUGUGACACA